AAAAUAACCCACCCCUUAAAAAACCACACAUCUUGAAACCCAGUGAUAUCCAAGAGCCAUAACCCCAGUUCCGGGCGAAAAAAAUAAAAUAUGCUGCCUAUACAAGUUCCCUAUAAAUUUAUUUUAUUCAUUUAGAGCAUUUGAGCGAGCACCGGAAAAUGUUGGAUUGCUAGAUCUUACUUAAUUUCCUCCACAACACAAUGAACCGAAGAUCUUUCUCCACCUGCUUCCUUCUCAUUUUGUACCUCAUUUCCCUUCACCACCAUCUUCUCUCAGCUUCUCAAUUCGAAGGAUUUGAUGCUUCCGAAGACGACGACGUUUCCGACGACUCCUCUGAUCUUCACCACUCUCUCCCCCCGCCUACUAUCACCCAGUCACUCCCCGAUCCACAACCAUCUUCCCACGACUCUACCUCCGAUCAAUCACACCCCGAGCCUCCUCACUCAGAUCCCUCCUCCACCACGCCGUUCGAUUUCUGGGAUGAAGACGAGUUCGAAGGCCUACCAGUGGAGAUAGAGGCGAUUGACUCUCCACUGACUCCAGAAAACGCCACAGAGACGGUAGAUCCAGAGACACCUCAAGACACCACUGUUCCGAGCGAGAAGAAGAAGAAGUCGUACGCAAUCGAGAUCGGUUGCGUCUGUUUCUUAAUCUCUCUCGGAAUCAACUACUUCCUCGGUAAACGUGAGAACGAGACCCUCGCUCUAGCUUGGGCCGCUAAAUUCGCUUCCAAGGACACGAUCUUCCACAAGAACUUCAGCUUGCUAGGAGUGGGCGACGGGGUUGAGUCCCCGUUGCUGCUUAAAGAAGCCUUGAACGUGUUCAAAUUCUACGCGAGCGGGCGAAGGUAUUGCCAUGGGUUGCUUGCCACCAUGGAGCUUAAGAGCAGGCACGAUCUCAUCUCCAGGGUUUUCAACUUGGUGGUGCCUUGUAGAGAUGAGAUCACCUUCGAGGUUUACAUGAACGAAGAGGCUAUGGAUCAUGUCGUGUUUGCGAUGGCUAAGAAGAAGGCCGCAAAGACUAUGCAAAAGGAGGUUAAGGAUCUGCAGAGAUUCGCCGGGAUUGUGGCUCCUCCCACCGGUAGGAAGUGGGUUUCGGAGGAGUUAACUGUCAUCUCUGAAUCUAAGGAAGUUGCUGGGGAUAUGAUCACAGACACUGUGCUUGAUCAGGUUUUUGGUGACAAGGCUAUGGAGAAGUAUGGGAAGAAUUUCAUGUCGAUGCAUAUCUCUGACCAACACCCUGGCAAGCACAGGAAGAUGAUGCUUUUCAAGUUUUCCUUACCAGAUGCUAAACACAUGGAUGAUAUCGUCCGGCUAGUGGCGCUAAUUCCAUACUACAUCGACUUAGUAGGACGGUACAGACUCAGUUCCCAGGCGCGGAACAAAACCGAGACCGGUAGGCAAAAGGCAGCAGAGGAAGCCUACAAGGAACUUCAAAACGCGAGACAAGAGGCACUGCAGAAGAAGAAAGCAGAGAGGAAGAAACUGAUGGAGGAAGCGGAAGCAAAGCUGAGCGCAGAAGUGAUUAGGAAGAAAGAGGUUAAAGAAAGAGCAAGGCAGGUGAAAAAGGCAAUGCCCAAAAUUAAGAUGAGCCGUGGUCACUAAGCUGUUAGUUCAAUUUUUGUUUCGUUAAGACCACUCCUUAAACUUUAAAAAGCAUAUCUAACAUUAUCACGUGUUUUACUGGGUAGUUUUCUUUUGCUUUUCAUUCUCUUAUCCACUAAAAUACCAUUUUUGAAUGAUGUUGAGUUUUUUUGAUGUUGGCCAUGCGAGAGCUUUGUAGAGUAUUAAUGGCAAAUGGCUUAUCCCAGCCUUGUAUC